CCAUCCCGACAUUUUCAUCUACCCACUCCUCUCUUUAUCUGCCUUCGCCGGAAAUAACCCAUGGCCACCGUCACCACCCAGGCUUCCGCUGCCAUCUUCCGGCCGUCAUGCUCCUCCAGAUCCGGAUUUCUCACCGGGUCCUCCGGUAAACUACACAGGCAAGUUGGUUUCAGAACCGUGGCGCCUCCUUCCUCUGCCUCUUCCUCCUCUUUCAAGGUUCAAGCCAAGAAGGGAGAGUGGCUUCCUGGUUUGGCCUCACCAGCUUACCUCAAUGGAAGUCUUCCUGGUGACAAUGGAUUUGACCCUUUGGGGCUAGCAGAGGACCCAGAGAACUUGAGGUGGUUCGUUCAAGCUGAGCUGGUGAACGGAAGGUGGGCCAUGUUGGGUGUUGCAGGGAUGCUUCUUCCAGAGGUGUUCACAAAGAUUGGGAUCCUCAACGUUCCUAAGUGGUACGAUGCUGGGAAAGAGGAGUACUUUGCAUCAUCAUCCACCUUGUUCGUGAUUGAGUUCAUCUUGUUCCAUUACGUGGAGAUCAGAAGAUGGCAAGACAUUAAGAACCCUGGAAGUGUCAACCAAGAUCCCAUCUUCAAGCAAUACAGCUUACCCCCCAAUGAAGUUGGAUACCCAGGUGGCAUCUUCAAUCCCCUCAACUUUGCUCCCACACUUGAGGCCAAAGAGAAGGAACUUGCUAAUGGGAGAUUGGCGAUGUUGGCAUUUUUGGGGUUUGUGGUUCAACACAAUGUGACUGGGCAAGGACCAUUUGACAACCUGUUGCAGCAUCUAUCAGACCCAUGGCACAACACGAUUGUUCAGACUCUGAGGGGCAACUGAUUAGAUUGUUGGCCAUGGCAUUCAAACUUGUCAUUAGUAUUCUCUUGUGAAACAGAGUAAACGAAUUUUGAGAGAGAUUUGGGCCAUCCGUUGCAAAGGAGCAACUCAGAAAACAAUUAUUUUCUAUGUACAGAGGAACUUAAGAUGGUUUUAUCUUGUUAUUUAA